ACGUCAACUUACAGUGUCUUUCAAUGUCUGCUCGCGCUUCUAAGACCAAAAGCAAGGACUGGGAGACGGAACCAUUUGAUGACGGAUCAAAGAAACUUGCCGUCGGAGUUCAGCUUCGCAAGUAUGUCAAGUUUAUGCAAGAGUACACACUUCAAUUGAAAGAUUUAGAAGACGUUCUGGAUGAGAAUCCGGGCAAGGCGUGGGACUGGGAGAUGGACCCUGUCUGUCUAUGUUACAUGCCAUACGAAGACAUCAGCCUUCUGCAACUUAUAAAGAGUGACAACAAGGUUCUCAACAAGGUGCUGACAGUCUUCACGUCUCUUUGCUGUGAAAUCAAUAAACUGAAGGAUGAGGCUGAAAAGAAGUUUUAUGUGCCAUUAAUGUUGUAUGAAGAAAGAUCAUCAGCGCAGCAACAGCAGGAAGGAGAGGCUCAAGUGCGGCUAGGAAGGAUGCUGCAACUAUUGCAGGAUUUAUCCUGCUUUGUUGCCCGUGUAUGCAGUGUUGUGAAGUCAGUCAUGCAGCAACUAGCUGCUCUAUACUCACCUGAAUUGAGAGGUUCUUUGAAAAAGGUUAUGGACGGCACUGGAAUGCAUUUGCAGCCUGUCUAUGAACAUUUGGGAACAGCUCUUACGAUACUUCUCACGCUCGAUUUGAUCUUGAAACGAGAACAGACAACCACUCUUCAUGAUGAUUGGCGUUUAUACAAACGAAUGUUGGCAACAUCCAUUCGUGGCUCAGCUGGGAAAUUUGGAGCAACAGAGGAGAAGUUGAAACCUCUGGAACGACAACUACUCAAACUUGAAGGAGAGCUAUUAGAAGGAAGGAUCUUUGUGAAUUGUUUAUUGGAACAAUAUGAUGGAGAACACGUACUUGUACAAGCCUCUCAGGCCCUCCAAGUAGAAUUCCUUGAAAGUAUUCAGAAUUAUUUCAACUACUUAGAAGCUCGUCUCGGAGAAUCUAAUGAAUUGGACCAGAGGAAUCACUUUGUUGGGCUUUGCUGUCUUGUUGUGCUUCAUUACAAUGUUUACAAGGUUGUUGAUAAGAAGUUUUGUCGAGCUCUGUGGGAUACAUACAAAAAGAUUCCUGCAGUUCAUUUGGUCGGACACAUUGUAUGGCUACCUACAGUCUUCCUUGCUCAGUAUAUCCCUGGCUUUGUCAAAGUCCUUGACAAGAAACAGAGAACAGGCGCUGAAAAUGCCUCUAAACAGUGGCUCACACAGAUGUCUCAAAACCUGGCGAGAGAGGCACGAAGUUGGUACCUGCAGAUUUCAUCAUGGAUGAUCAAUAUGGAAUCACUACGACCAUCUUCGGGUGGCCAAAAAGACGUAUUGCACCAAACAGAUCUAUUAAUUGAUGGUUUGAAGUAUGCACACAGUCUCUGCCAUCUGCUUCGCACACUCUGUAAUCUUCAUUACACCUUGCGCUCUCCAAUGAAAAAGAAUGAAGUGCUUGCAAUAUGCAAAUUGGUGGAACUGCUCAAGUCAAUUGAGCAAACAUUCUAUCGAUGUUCUUUGACUGUGUCUGAGUCAUUAAGUCAAAUGGUUCAAUAUUAUUCCUUGCUUUGUGUCUCAAUUGUACAACAAGUAAAGCAACGUCUCAUUGCAGACAAGAAAUAUUCAGACAAGAAACUGGAUAGUCUUGCUGCACUCAGUCUCAUGCUGUCAUGCCUCAACGGCCCAGGAACGAAAGAGAGACUUAUUGUGGCAAAUAUGGCACUUGGCAUUGCUCUGGCUAUGCCUCAGCUCUUUGUUCGUGAAGAACAAUCAAGUUUGAUCAAUGCAAUGAAGAAGCUUGAAAUAUCAGCUGGACUCAUACCCAAACUUCACUGGGCAUGUGAUUGCAGCUUUUUGUAUUGGCAUCGAAACGUUGUUGUACCAUACUUUACCGAUCUCUACGAGAAUCCAGGCGAUGCAAACAGGCUACAUUACAUGUUUGCUGCAUUGAGAGACUGCUGUGUCCCGCUUCAUCUCGUGCUUCAUGAAGAGCAGCAGGAUGCUCUGUUGGAGGCAUUUGACAAGGAAGUGAUGGGAAUGAUGCAGGAGCAAAUUAUAUCUCCACUUUGUCGAGACAUUGAAACAGACCUGCGUCUAAGUAUACAUUCAGAGGAAAAGCAAGACGACCGCAAUCCAUACAGAGUUGGCUUACGUGACCUGAGUCCGUUUCUCAGAGUCAAACCCAUCAGAUUUUUUGACAGAUUUAUUGAUAUCAAAGGUCACGUGACAUUGUAUCUUGACAGGACGUUCUAUAACUUGACAACGGUUGCGUUGCAUGACUGGAGGAAGUACGGUGAGAUGAGAAAUCUUGCCAGUCAGAAGUAUGGACUGGUGAUGACGGAGGUGCAUUUACCGAGUCAAACAAUUGAGCAGGGAUUAGACGUACUGGAAAUCAUGAGAAAUAUCCAUGUCUUUGUAUCACGGUAUCUAUACAACUUGAACAACCAAGUUUUUGUUGAACGAUCAUCCAACAGCAAAGUCCUCAACACAAUCAACAUCCGACACAUCGCCAACUCAAUAAGAACGCACGGCACAGGCAUAAUGAACACAACGGUAAACUUUACGUAUCAAUAUUUGAGAAAGAAGUUUGUUAUUUUUUCUCAGUUUCUCUUUGACGAGCACAUUAAAGCAAAGCUCAUCAAAGACAUUCGUUUCUUUAAAGAGGCAAAGGCAGAACUUGACCAGAAGUAUCCAUUUGAACGAGUGGAGAAGUUCAACAAAGGAAUAAGGAAGCUUGGCCUUACACCAGACGGGUACACUUACCUUGAUCAGUUCAGAAUUCUCAUUAGCCAAAUAGGCAAUGCUAUGGGCUACGUCCGAAUGAUCAGAUCUGGAGGCCUACAUUGCUGUAGUGAUGCUAUUAGGUUUGUUCCUGAUCUCGAGGACAUCAUCGUGUUUGAGGAGCUCGUGACUGAAGAAGGUCUAAGUGACGAUACAAAAACAGCAUCAAGAUGCUUGGAUGCAGCGGCUGCCAAUUUGUCAAAGAAUUUUGCCGAAGGGACCGAGUAUUUCAAGUUGCUGGUUGACGUCUACGCCCCCGUAUUUCGUGGAGACAAACAGAAACAUCUUCGAAACUUCUACAUGAUUGUUCCUCCUCUGACACUCAACUUUGUCGAACACAUUAUGGGUGCGAAAGAGAAAAUGGGCAAGAAGAACAAGACAGGAGCUGCUUUCACGGACGAUGGAUUUGCAAUGGGUAUUGCGUAUAUCCUCAAGUUGCUUGAUCAGUACAGAGACUUCGAUUCGCUGCAUUGGUUUGGCACACUCCGAGAGAAGUACAGACGAGAUUUGGAAGAAGCUAGAGUAUCCGCUCAGAGGGAGAGACGAGAUGAAAAGCUACUGCAGACAAUGACUCUUACGUCAAGACGAAUGGAGCAAUACCAACUGGAGUUUCAGCAGCUGUUUUAUUCUCUCAGCAGUGCUCGUAUUUUCUUUAGGGCUGAUAAAACGGCAGCGGAGGAAACGGAAGAACGAGAAGCACGAGAGGAGACCAGCAUCCCAUCUGCUUCAGAGAGUGAAGGUUCAGCAACUGCUGCUCCUCCUCCGCCUCCACCACCAGCACCUGGAGGACCUCCACCCCCACCUCCCCCACCUCCUCCACCACCUCCUCCCCCUCCUCCGCCAAUGUAAUUGAUGAUCAUGAGGAAGACGUUGAUUGCAUGUUGUUAUGUGGACACUGAUUUCUCAAGUUGGUGUAAUGUGAUUAACUAAUAGUUGUAUAUCAAUUGUACCAUGAGCAGGCAUGGACUGGAUUUUAUAUGCCGUCAUUAAAGUAACAGUUACGUUUAUAGUGAUUGUGUAAAUGUGAAAGUUGUUUUGUCUUUG